AUGGCCAUUACCAAAUUUGUUGUCGCGCUUGGCCUCUUCAUGAAUGCCAGUGCACUACAGAUGAUGAAGCCAAAAGACGUUGAUAGUCUAGAAACUUCGGUCAGCCAAGCCUGCAAGCAGGUAUUGACAGCUGAAGUCGAUUGCGACGAAUACCUUAGGGAUUUAACCGAUCCAGAUUUAUUUCGGGGCGAAACAGACGAAGACAUGGAGAUGGCCCCGACGAUCUGCAACAAACAAUGCUCCGACUCGUUCCAAUCGUGGUAUCAAAGACUCAACGAGGAAUGUGCUGAGGAAGAUUUCGGGUCCGAAUAUUACCCACCCAACCUUUUCAUAUACAGCGGUAAUGUCACGUCGAGUAGCUGGAAUCAGACAUGUGCAAAGGAUCCGAAAACAGGUCGAUUUUGUGGCGAAACCUUGAACGAAUUCCCCGAACUCGAAGAUGAUGAAGAAAUGCCCCUCGAGGAGCUCUGCCAUCCCUGUUACGUCACGCUAAUCGACAUGAGGUCAAAUUCCUGGGCAUGGUCAACGCCUACCAAUCCAGCAGGUGACUAUUGGGACAAGCAGCUCAAGCUCGUCAAAGAGAAGUGCAAUGCCUCAGGAGGGUUGAAGGAAGAUUCCUCGUCUAAGGAGGAAACGGCCUCGCUUACUCCUCACAAGACUGCCAGCGCGUAUGGGUCAGGUGUGAGCACCAUGCAGACAGGAAGUACUUCUUCUGCAGAGACAGCGGUGUCAGAAAGUGCCUCUCAAAAGAGUAAAGCACCAGGGGCUAUGGCAAGCAAGCAAAUUUUCAGUUACUGGUACGCGGUACUUGUGCUGAGUAUGGUUGUGCUUCCUUUAUAA